CUUUCUGUGUUUUGUUCUGCACCCAUCCCCGUGGUUCCUUCAUAAAGGAUUUUUGGUGGGACAUCAAUGUACCGGGCCCCAAACGGGCCCGGGGUUCAAAAAAUUGUGGUCUUCCAGACCACUGAUAAGACUGACUAUGGCUGUUGCUUUAAGUGUGAAAACAAAAGCAAAGAAAUUAAGCCCAACGACACCACAGUGACUGCUCGAAUCGCUGCCUGUCUGGCAGACAUCUCAGCCUGGAUGAAGGAACACCACAUUCAACUCAACUCAGCCAAGACCGAACUCCUUGUCUUUCCAGCCAACCCUGCUGUUGAACACAACAUCACCGUGCAGCUGGGUCCAACUACAGUUUCACCUUCCAAAACGGUCAGAAAUCUAGGGGUAACCAUUGAUGAUGAGCUAAAUUUCACUGACCACAUUUCAAAGACUGCAAGAUCAUGUAGAUUUACACUCGACAAUAUCAGGAAGAUAAGAUCCUUCCUCUCUGUACAUGCCACACAACUGCUCGUUCAGUCGCCUUGUCAUAACUAGACUGGACUACUGUAACGCUCUCAUUGCAGGCCUUCCUGCAUGUGCUAUUAGACCUCUCCAAAUGAUCCAGAAUGCAGCAGCACUUCUGGUCUUUAAUGAACCUAAGAGAGCACAUGUUACACCACUUUUUGUCUCUCUCCACUCUCUGUCUAUCUAUCUAUUCACUGUCUGUCUCUUUGUCUAUCUAUCUGUCUGUCUGUCUAUCUGUCUGUCUAUGUAUGUAUGUAUGUAUGUAUGUAUGUAUGUAUCCUAUCUAUCUGUCUAUCUGUCUAUCUGUCUAUCUAUCUAUCUAUCUAUCUAUCUAUCUAUCUAUCUAUCUAUCUAUCUGUCUAUCUUUCUGUUUAUCUAUAUGUCUAUCUAUAUGUCUGUCUUUUCUUUCUAUCUAUCUGUCUUAUCUAUCUGUCUGUCAGUCUGUCUUUGUGUCUGUCUGUCUUAUCUAUCUAUCUGUCUGUCUGUCUAUCUGUCUUUUCUAUCUAUCUCUGUCUGUCUGUCUAUAUGUCUGUCUAUCUAUAUAUCUGUCUUUUCUAUCUAUCUAUCUAUCUAUCUAUCUUUCUAUCUAUCAUCUGAUCGCGGCUGCAUUUCUCUUCUAGUAGUUUUAGAUCUAAGUGCUGCAUUCGACACGAUAGAUCACGACAUUCUCUUGAAUAGGCUGGAGAAUUAUGUUGGAAUUUGUGGAGUUGCAUUAGCAUGGUUUAGGUCAUAUUUAGCAGACCACUACCACUUUGUCUAUGUAAAUGAGGAAUCGUCAAACCAAACAAAAGUUAAAUAUGGAGUGCCACAGGGAUCAGUUUUAGGGCUUCUGCUUUUCUCCAUGUAUAUGCUUCCCCUGGGAGAUAUUAUCAGGAAUCGUGGAAUAUGUUUCCACUGCUAUGCUGACGAUACACAACUUUAUAUUUCUUCAAAACUUGAUGAGAUUUCACAAUUCUCAAAAUUAGCAGAGUGUAUCAAUUAAAUAAAAGAUUGGAUGGCCAGAAAUUUCCUUCUACUCAAUUCUGACAAAACAGAGGUUCUAAUUAUUGGACCAAAAACCUCUAAAAAUAAGCCGCUAAAAUAUAAUUUGACUCUAGAUGGAUGUUCUGUUACAUCAUCUUCA